GAAAGAGUGGGAUAGGGCUGUAGUGUGGGUUUGUAGAUCUAUUUUACUCUAGAUAUGACGUAAUUUCUCUCUAGAAAUUACGUCAUUUUUACGUCAUUUACGCGUGUGCGGGUGGGAGCGUAGGCUCGUGGUGGCUGAGGCGUGAUUGGUUGUGGUGUGUCAGGUGGUAUGACUGGCCAACAAGACGGUUACGAGACUGAAAGAUCUAGAGAUGCAGGCUGAGCGUUUGGACUGAAAGAGAGAAAGAACUGGACGACAAGCUGGGCUUUACGAGAUACCUCUAGGGAGAGACAGUGAUCUUGAGAUCUCAAGUCUUCCUUUGCAAUUGUCCUUCGCCGAACUACUGAGAGAAAAGGACAUCAACCUAGAAGGUGAUAUAGCCACACGGUCGUACCUGUGCGUUGGAAAGAACAACUUCGUCCGACCUGACGACCAAGUAACGGACAAGUGUUCCGGCCACUGGUAUCGGUGUUGCGUCCAUACCAAGAUCGUCGGCCUGCUAGCGAUAGUUCGAAGUGUACCUUCCUCGUACUCCUCUCGUCGCGUGCCGAUCUACAGAAGACCGAAGUCUUCGGACAAUAUUUCUUCUGCGGCGCGACGAGAGAUUACCCAUACUGCAUCCGCCAUUGGACAGUGCAGUGACAGUUGUGCGUGUGUGUUCUGCAAGAACUAAUCUCCACACCACAAAGUCGAGAACACAGCUAAGUGGCGUGCGCAUAAGGAGUGUACGGGGAGAGUGUGUGAGCAGUAUUGUGUGAGGAAUAUUGUGUGAGGAGUAUUGUGUGAACAGUAUUGUGUGUAUGACAGAUAAGGUUAGAUCUGGCUCUCAGUUAUCUGGACAUAAUAGAAGCAGGGGAAAUAAUUAGGAAACGGGACGGUCUAGACAACGAUCAAGGGUUCAUACUUUGUAAUUGUGACAUUUUUGGGUUUGUAUGAACUUCUGGAAAUAAUAAUUAACAUCUUUUAAUGCACUAAAUUGCCUCGUGUUUUACUUUGGGGUAUGCGUGCUUGGGGGCUCGAGCUGGUUAGAGUGGGUAAUUAAUAAGCAAUUUAGUGUGGUAGCACGCGGUAAGUGUCGACGUGGACUUGGUGGGGGUAUAGACGGUGUGUUGGACUGGUGAUAGAAAUCGUACCCCUUACCAAAUCUACGGACCCUGCCCCAGGGUUGCGACAUAGUGGUAGGCUCUGUCCGGGAUUGAAUUGAAUUGUAUCCCUUUGAAGUAGUCCAGGUAGCUGUGAGUCACUGUAGAGGCUGAAUGUGCUUUGGUAAUCAAGCCAAGCCUAGUAGCUAGCCUUAAGGUACACACUGUUUUGGUAUAUACUGUUGUAUAUUGUACGCACGUGCUUCGUGUCGCACGUGGCGAUUUGCAGCAUAGCCCCAAAUUGAUACCUGUGUGCAGGGCUUGUUGUAAGUUGUUUUAUCACACUAGCCGAGAGAGAGUCGGUGUGAUUGGGCAGGGUAUCUUGGAUUAGAUAGCCUGGCGAUUGCUGCCUUACUUGCUGUUGUCGCUAGCUUAACAGUGGAGUGAUUUCGUGUAAGCUAGUGGAGGGCACAGAGUGUGUGUGUAAGGAAGCAGAAGGCUGGUGUGGAGUGAGGUUAUUUUGGAGAAGAUAACCUGAUUGUUGCUUUGCUUACUUAACUGUUAUGUUGUUAGCUUAACGAUUGGGUGAUUUCGUGUAAGUUAACGUAAGACUGACAGUGAGUAAGUGUGUGUUAUAUUCCUGAUUACGAACUGUGUAGCUAGCUUGGCUUGGUUACCGUUGCUGUGAGCUUGACGAUUGUGAGUUCGUGGAAGCUAGCACAAGACAGGGGGGUGGUCCAUUCGCAAGUGUAGUUGCAGUUACGUGAUAGGACUAAGUUGCGGAGAUGGCAGAUAAGCUGCAGGCCGAAUUCGCUAAAACCGCUACUGAGAAGAGGGAAGAGUUCAGAGCGGAAGGGUUGAGGGCAGAGUUUAGCGGCAACAAACUCGAAAAGUUUGUAAAUGAUGAAAUGGCAAACUGGAGAGCAGACAAGAAAGCUUGGGAAGAACGGGAAGAGAGGGAACGCCAGGAUAGGAAAGAACGGGAGGAGAGGGAACGCCAGGAUAAGAAGGAACGGGAGGAGAAGGAACGGGAGGAGAGGGAACGCCAGGAUCAGAAGGAACGGGAGGAGAGGGAACGCCAGGAUAAGAAGGAACGGGAGGAGAGGGAACGCCAGGAUAGGAAAGAACGGGAGGAAAAAGAGAGAGAACGCGAGGAAAGAGAAAGAGAGAGAGAACGCGAGGAAAGAGAAAGAGAGAGAGAACGCGAGGAAAGAGAAAGAGAGAGAGAACGCGAGGAAAGAGAGAGAAAACGCCAGGAAAGAGAGAGAGAACGCGAAUAUGAGCUGAAAAUGGCCGAACUUAAACUCAGAGCCGAAACGUGCGCGGAUAGAAGGUUGAGUAGCGGCAGUGAAAAGGAGUUGGUAAAUAGUGAGAGCGAUGCUUUGGGGCUGGAAGAGGGACCGAAGUUAAGAUGGCGCCGUUCGAUUGUAAAACUGACCAGAUAGAGAGG